CUCGCCCGCCGCUCCUUGCAGGGUGGGGACAUUGUUUGACGGGGUGCUCGCCGCCGCGACCGGUUUUUCCUGACGGCCGCCGCCAUUGCAGAUCUCACUUCGCAUAGCGACGGGAGCAAAGAAGGAGCUGUGGCCGCUCUGUCAUAUACUUUUUUAGGGAAAUGACUGGGUGCUGCGUGCCCAUGUGCACGAACAACUCCAGAAAUGGUUGGAAACUCUACCAUUUUCCGACAGAGCCCAAAAGAAGGCUGCUAUGGAUGGUGAAGAUUAAGCGAGACAAGUGGCAGCCUACGAAGUCCUCGUGUGUAUGCAGUGCACAUUUUGAAGCAAGCCAUUUCGAGCAGCACCGAGCUGACCAGUGGAUAAAACUGAAGCCGAACGCUGUGCCAACGGUGUUCCCUUUCAGGGGCUUGCCUCCACAAAGGAAGGCGCCAAAGGACAGGGCAGGACCUGCUGUGUUGCCUGAUGCAUGCCAAGAAACACGCGGUGACAACUCUACGGCCAUUAAUUGUACGCCACUCACAAGUGCACAGGCGAAUUUAAAUUCACGCACAGACAGUCUUGGCGCACAGCAACCGCAAAGCUGCAAUUCUCAGACGCCUGAUUCAGUACCGCACAUUAUGGAAAGGGAAGAAGUUGUGAUCUCGGCCGAUGCACCUGACGGGGCACGUGAAAACAAGCAGUUAAAUAAGCAGCUCUCCGAUAUGGGCAGAAAAUACACUCAGCUACAUCAAGUCCAUCGGAAAGCCACCUCAACCAUUCAAGCACUAAAAAAACAGGUGAAAAAAUUGGAAACCAAAAUGGAAUUAUUCGGACAGCGUUUGAAAUUCCUCAAUGAUGACCAGCUGCAGGCUCUUGGGCGCCAGAGUAAUAAGGGAAGCACUUGGUCUGCAGAAACAAUCAAGCAGGCGCUUCAGAUUAAGUUUUCCUGUGGAAAAACUGGUUACCAGACACUAAGAAAUCUGGGCUACCCCUUGCCAUCCGGAAAAACCCUUGCACGUCGCCUUCAGGGCCUCAAGUUUCUUCCCGGAAUUUUGACGGAAGUCAUCGAUGUUCUCAAAAUCAAAGCAGAGAACAUGCAAGACAUUGAAAAGACUUUCCUUCAUGCACCCGGAACGUCAAGCUACGAAGUCGACGAUGCUAAGUACCUCGCCGACAUGCUUGCAAAAGGCAAACAAGAGCACGGGGAGGUGGAAGCUGAUGUCAUUGAUGACUCGGAAAUUUUGUUCAUUGAAGAACUUCAAGAAAACGAAUGCAACAUCCUUUUCUACAUCGGCGGCUUCCUUUUAAAAGGAGGCGGGACGCGUGGAACACAACGUGCUCCUGUGCCCGGCCGCGGUGACGGCGUCCCUGAUGGCGGCGCAGGCGUCCGCCCAGGGCGACACGCACCGUCAGCUUUUCAACCUGCUGGUCCAGGAAGGCGGCGAGCUCGACCACCUGGAGGAGGCCGUGACGGCCGCCCUCAAGGCGCUGGAGAAGGACAAGGCCAACGCGGAAGCGGCCCUCGUCUACAGGGCCUUCUGGAGCCUCCGUUCAGGCGCAACGCAGAGCCGCGGCCAUUCAAGACGAGCCUGACCGCCGAGGAGCUGAUGGAGUUCCAGAGCUCCGUGGGCAACUUCAUGUACGGCGAGAUGACGGACCCCGUGUCCACCAAGGUGCUCCAGCUGCCGUACCGCGGGGGCACCGCCUCCCUGCUGCUCCUUCUGCCGGACAAGGUUCGGCAGACCAAGGACCUGCUGGAUCACAUCACGCAGCCCUUCCUCGCCAGGGCCACCGGCUGUCUCAAGCCCAGGAAAGUGCAUGUGGAGAUACCGCAUGCCAGGAUCGAGUCCAGAUACCCGCUCAUCACCACGCUGAUCAACUCGGGCGUCAAGCUGGCGUUCCUGCCGACGGCCGACUUCAGCCAGCUGGUGACGAACGGCGAGGUGCACGUCAACAACCUGCUGCACAAGUCGACGCUGGUGCUGGACGAAGGCCUGGCCGCGGCCACCAGGCCCUUCGAGCAGCUGAGCGAGGACGAGCGCGACAGGGUGGCCACGUCCGAGCCGGUCGCACCAGGCGACGUCCAGUUCGAGCUGACGCGUCCGUUCGUCCUCGUGCUGCGCGGCACCGCCGACGGCGCCAUCCUGCUCCUGGGCGUCGUCAGGGACCUCAAGAAGAUGAAGUAG